AUGAUCUUUAAAAGAUCAUUUGCACAGUAUGCUCAAGAAUUACAGCUAUGUGCUUUAAAAAAGGCUGAAAUUUUGAGGAAAAAGUUACGAAAACAGUUUAUUGCAGAGCUUCAGUCACAAAUGAAGCCAUUCAGUUUUGUUGUAAGGGAUGAAGAGCGUAAAAAACUAAGUUUCUUUCGUUCAACGCCUGACCUGAGUGCAACAGGGGAGAAUAAAUUCAAACCUUUUCGUGCAAAGCCAGUACCAAAGAACUUAUUUGGCAGUCAUGUGUACCAAAAAAUGAGAGAAGAUGAAUUUUACAGAUCACUGAAGAGAAAAAUACGAGCAGAGGAACUCUUACAGUCUGCGUCAUUACCUCCAUCCAUGGCUGCUAGAGAACAGUUAGAAAAAGAUUUGAAGCAUAUUAGAGCUCAGAGGGAAGAUUAUUCAGACAGUUUGGAUAUUGACAGAAGAAUAAAAAAUAAACAAAAGAUUCCAAAUUACAAAAAACUGCAUGAGAAAAUGAGUAGAGAAUUAGAACACAGAUUUGAUGAGAAUAUUACCACAAGCCCUCAUGAAUUUCGUCUGCAGACUGCAAACAUCCAAGGGAAGCGGUCAAAACUACAUUCACCCCCAUCAGAUAACAGCAGUGUAUCACCAUAUGGCAUUCGACUCUCAACUGAAAAGGAGAAACCUAGACCACAUUCUGCACUGAGUGUAAUGGUAAACAGAAACAAUCUAGCAGCCAUUCUACGAAUACAGUCUGCAAGGCAACGUUUAGAAAAUGAAUUGCUACAGAAACAAGAAGAAAUAAGGAGAAAAGAGGAAGCACGAUUACGAGCUAGAUUCAUUCGCCGACAGCCUGCCUGGAGAGCUCUUAAUUUCAGUACAGCUGAGGAUUUGGAGUUACGUUUACAAUCACGUCGAGAGGAGGAAAGAAUCAGAAGAGAAGAGUUCCUACAAGAUAUGGAAAUUAUGCUUGAUCGCGUGCAACAGAUCCCACCAUUAUUUGCCAGGCAGUGUCAAGCAGGAAUGAAAGAAAAGUUCAAAAAACAGAAGAAUGAACAGUGUAAACCUGGUCUGAAAAUUGCUGUUCAUGAUAUCCCUAAAAAGUAUCAAGACUAUGGACAUUUCAGCCCAAGUGCCUUUUCCGAUGAUAAGUGUUCAAAACUUGGAUUAAAAGUAUCUAUCAAUGAAAAUGCAGAAACAAUUGCAUGUGAAAGUGAAUGUGAAGAUGAUACACAAGGAAUAACAAAGUGUCAAGGUGUUAAAAUUGAAGAAAUAGUGGAAGAUAAGUCAGAAAAAGGAACAGACAAACUGGUGGAAUCCAAGCAACAAACUGGUAACAUAAAAACAGAAGACUGCCCUGAAGAUGAUGACUGUGAUUAUACUGAAAGUUUUCAAGAUGCCAGUGAUGAUAAGAGCUCUCAUACUAGCACUUGUGACAGAGACUGAAAAAAUAGCAAUACUCAUUAAUGAACAGAAAUGUUACAUUACCAAAUAUUAUAAACAGGGCAGUAGUCUGUUCUUAACUGUAUAUUAUGCCAGAUUUCUGUGAAUAAGAUAUGCAAAUUGUCAUAAAAUAUGUUGCUGUGAACAACAUACAAUUAUCACUACAUGCACCAGGUAACAGCCCACCAAAAAUUUGACAACAUAACAUAACUUUAGUACCAGCUCUAAUAAUAUGCCACUGGUUGCGUUGCAUGCUUGAUGGCUUUGAGCAUUAACUACAGUGUUUCGCAGUGCUUGUCAAACUUAGUAACACAGAAACAACUGCCAUAUAUUGGCUCAUAUGGUAUAUGUUAGAGGACUGCUGUAUGUGACUGAUCCAUGUAGUCUUUACUUGGCUUUGGUGCAAAGGACAAGGGGUGAAGAAAUUUUGCGUGGCAUGGUAGAAGUUGCCAAAGAUUACCAUUACUAUCUCACAGAGUCACAUGCAUGUCAUGUAUAUCUACGUGCAGCACAUUUGGCCGUACUUCCUGUGGCUGCAAAGUCAACGGAGUGCUCAGGUGCGAUAAACUUCCUUUGCUCACCACUACACUUUCCACUGCAUUGUGACAUAACAUACUGCCAUAUUUCCAUAGCUGCAUGGUAUGGCCGUAUGCUUGUUGUUCCACAGUUGAUGACUACUUGGCCACAUGAAGCCAAGUGAUGGAACUGACAGUUAAGUGAAGCUGAGCCACAUGAAAAACUAGUGACGAGGAACAAGUACCACUCCUGUGGCUUUGAUCUAGAGAUGCAGCACCCUAGAACAUCUAUUUCAUGCAAACAAAUAACUUGUGGAUCUCUACCUCCUGCUUACAUCUUCACCCAUUUAACAAAGACACUGCAUGCUCCAAACAUUUUCCUUCAGA